AUGCUGAAAUACCAAGUGAAAUCCUCGAUGUCACUUCGCGCCAGCAACAAUAAUACGCCGACGAUUUCAUCGACAGUAUCAUCUCCUUCAUAUUCCUUCUCGAUGACAUCUUUACUUGAUGACACACUACUCGGAGUUCCAACCACAAGUCGCAGUAAUUCAAUGCUUUCACUUAAUUCGAUGGAUUCCGGAGGUUCAGACUCUUCAGAAAUGGGAGUUCUCAAAGUGGAUACUCGAAAUGUGAAACAAUGCACUGAUUACAAAACGAUUCGAGUUACCAAUAGCACAACCACGCGACAAGUCAUCGAAAAAUUCCUCAACACCCUGAAACUUACUUGCCGGGAUCCUAACCUUUUCGAUCUUUUUAUGGAGCUUAAAACAAAAGCAGCGUCUGGUAUUCCUGUAGUGACGCUUCUAAAACUCGACGAUGACUCGCGACCAUACGAAUUGCAACGAUGCCAUCCAAUGGGAAUGUCGCGAUUCAUCCUUUGUCAGAAUCCGGCCGGCUUCCUCGUCCGCGUUUAUGAUCACAAUAUCUCACCGCAAUCCAACUACAAAUCUCUGCUACUCUCAACACGAACCACAUGUCACGAGGCAAUCCAAAUCGUGCUCGCACUGAAUCGUAGAAACGACGAUCCGGCCAAAUACGGUCUAUUCCUUUCCGCUCAGGAAGGCGAUGCUCAGAUUCCGAAUGAUGUCGCUCUUGUCGCAAUUGCCCGCCUUUGCAAAGAUGGCCAACGUAUUGUCAUUCGGAAUGUGGCAUUCCUAUGA